GCAAUUCGCUUCGGAUGGUUGAAAGUGAGAAUUGCCGCAUGGUCGUUUUCGUUAGCCUCGAUAGACAUGCCAAGAAAAUGCAAAAAAGAUUGCUGACCUACUGUCCAUAGAUUAGUUGCCGCGCACAAUUGACUGUAGCGCCACCAUGAUAGAAAGUGCGGCCUUCGGGCACCAUCACGACCAAACUGGAGUUGCAGUGACGGCGCGCACAGAGGAGGCUUCGGGCUCGCGAGGGCCCCCGGCUGCUGAAAACAAAGGGAGUGGCACACAAAAGUCGAUCGUUGACGUCGCAGAGGAAUGUACGGUCUCCUUCGUUAUUCUGCCCGACUAUCCACAAUAUAUUUGCCGCAUUCGUACACAAAAUGCCGACGGUCCAGUGCCUGACUGACAAGAUUCUGUUCGUAUCUUCAUCGUGUUCAGAACGACAACUAUCGUUUUGCAGUUUGGAAAAAUUUGUACUAUCAACAUAGAUCAUGAUCAUUCUGUGCGUGUGCGGGAAAUAUGUACUAUUGCAUGCCGAGCACUACGGGCAAACAAAAGUGCUCAAGCUGGACCAAACGAUACGGGAAAUACGAGAGGCCUUGGAGCGGGAGCUGGCCAUACCAAACUAUGAGAAUGCGUAACUCCCCUUUGCCCUCAUCUGUCGUGGAAAAGUAGAGAUCCACGGAUGCUAAUUCUUCGAGUUUCAGCUGCGUUGUAGCCUUAGCUAGUAAUUGUGAGCAGCGUAGUGCUCGGACUCGACAGCAGCAACCACUACAACAAUAGGUCAGCCAAGGGCCGGGGCAACCUAGAGACGAGCAACAGGCCCCGUCGUACACAUAAAGCGCGCCUUAAUGACGACAGCAUGGGCGAAGAACCAUGGAGCUCUGGAUGGAGACUACUACUCCGCUUCUCGUCGUUGGACUCACACACGCCUGCCAAGCUGAGCGACUAGAGCCUCCGCCUUUGCGGUCCCACGGGGACACUCUUCAGCGGUUCAAUCGCUCAGCAGACGGGGCGAAAGCCUCCGGCUGCGCUGCGCCCUGUUCCAGAUUCCUUCGCGCCUAGUUCAUAUCCAUGAACCCCAUCGGUUCCAACCAGGACCGACGGACGAGCGUGAUCGCAGUAAGACCAUCGGGGGAAAAGAGGCCGCUUCGCGGAUCCCUAGAGAAGGCGCCGACCUAAGCUCGGCAGGGGCCGAAUCACAUUGCCUGCGUGUUUGCUGGUGAUUGGAAAAGUGGCGCGCCUGCCACCUCGCAAAGCUUUCGUGGCUGCCGCCGCUGCGUCAUGCCGGUGGGGCACUUGGCCCCCUGUGAAGAAACUCACAGUGGGGUGGCUGGGCUUUCGGGGGGUUCGCCGGUUGGCGUGAGAAACAGGGGGGCAGGCCCAAAAAGUGCUCGCGGCGAGGGGCCUAUCGGGGCGGAGUUUUCGUAAUUCUCCGCAGCGCUGCGCUUGCGCCCCCGGUGCAGCAUACUGCUGGCGCCCUUACUCGGCGGGGGCGGCCCCGGAGGCUGUUUUUCUUUCGUUUUCUCCAAGGGCUGCCUCGCACUACCGCCGCCCGCGCGCGGGCUUUUCCGCCAACGCACUGGGGCGCGCGCUCUGCGUUUUCUUUGUGCGCGCGCCUCCUAGAUCACGCGCGCGCAGCUCUCGCCUUUGCCCCGCCCGGCCCUGCUUUGCCCGGCGGGCCGAGUGCCGAGGCGGCCCCGCGUCUUUUGGCCGCUACCGCGUUCCCCCGUGGAGCCCAGAUAGCUGCGCCCCCGCUCGGACCUGGCGGACGCUCGGGGGGGGGGGCGCGCCCUCUCGAUUCGCCCGGGCGUAGCUCCUGGCGCCCUUUCAUGACCUUGCAGCCCCCUUCUGCGCCGGGCGUCUCGGGGCCGCUUUGCGUGUUUUGGAAUUGCGCGCGCCGACGAAAGACUUCACGGUCGCGGAGCCCAACUACUCGGGCCUUUGUCCCGGACGCGUGCGCUCGGCAUACGCCCGGAAGCCCACGCGGCGGGCUUUCCGGGCAAGCGGCGCCGCCAUUUCCGACAAGAGGAAAAAUAAGGCGGGGGUGGUUCGCUCACACGACACGGACAAAAAUGCGGCUGGCACACUGGCUGAAUUCUGCAAGAAGGGUCGCGCCAGCGGCGACUUCCUCGAAGCAAAAAUCCCACAGGCGAGCAGCCUUGCUAGCAGUUGCGAACAACGGAGCGCCACAACUGGAGUUGCAUGAGUAGACCCACCCGCAAGCUAUCAAUCUAUAUGAGCCAGGGCCUUGGUGCGCAAAAACCCGCCGGCUUGUGCGUAUUUGCUUUGGAUUAAGCGCGCCGAGCGGCCCGCUGCGGCCUCGGCGGGCGCUGUCCUUCGCGCGCACCGCGGAGGGGGGCCCUUGUGUGGGAUCCGCGGCCCGCUCAGAGAGCUUGCCGCGCCUUUUUUGCGUGCCGCCGUACUUUCCACGCGCGGCGCGCCCGGUAAUUCCGCGCGCUUCGCUGUGCAUUAGAGCCCUCCAAAGCCGGGCUGGUCCGGCCCCGUUCCUUGGAGUCUUUUUGCUCUUUUUUAUUUGCCACUAUUCACCCUCGGGCAAAGAAAAAAAAUAGGCGCACGGCCCGCCUUCGGGGUGCUCGAAAAUGGGGAACCGCGCGGGGGCCCAAGGAAGCCCCUGCGGUCGUGGGGCGGUCUUCGUUGCCCUGGGUCUGUCCUCUGCACUGCCACCGACUCUGGGAGCUGCGGCCGCGCUUUUUUCUCCACUGCAGCCAGGCUGGUGGCCUCAGUGAGUGCGUGUGUCGGCUUGGGUCUCCCUCAGUCGCGCGCCUGUGCAGUUUCUCUAAAAGCCGGAAGGGUCGUUUUCUCGUCUAUCGGCAGACUUCGCCGACCCCGGUUGCCGCUCCCACUAGAUCCAACGACUGCUGUAAUUGCUGACUUUUCUCCAGCCGGGUCCCAUCCUGUGCAUUCGUGACCCUCAAAUAGAGAGGAGGGCGGGUUGCGCAGUUUCAUACAAGCAAGUCGCUCUCUAUGAUGCAGCUCACGGGCGUCGAAGGUGGUGCCGUAAGUGGUACACUGCAAGACACGAGAAGCCUGCGGCAGUACGGUGUUCGGUGAUAAAAUGAAAAGCGCCCCGACCCCAGCGCAGACUGGCAAAUACAGGAGGGGAGCGUAUUUGGAAAGCUGCAUGUGCAACGCAGAACAUGAUAGAUUUUUAGCGACGCUCUGUGUUGCGCGGCGGCACAGAAUCUAUACAUAGUAUGCGCCAUACCAGAGCGUCCCGGCACCACCGCUAGGCUAUGAGACGAAAUGGACAGUGUUUAUUUUCUUCACGUGACAUCGCUGUAGGUGCAGGUUCAGGUCUCCUGUAUCAAUCUGUACCUUCUUUGCUUCUUGCUUUCAUGUGGAAAGGCGGGAGCAGCGCUUUUGCACGCGUUUUUAUUUAUCUGGAGCGUCGUGGGUCGCUCAGUAAACAGAAAGCGACACCAGGCUCCAAGUUCAGCCGCAGAGCAAAGAGGAAAGACAAAAACUGGCUACCAACUGAUCCGACGAAAGCGCGGAAGCGCUUUUCCUGCCUGCUCUUGUUGUCGCUCGUAUACUUUUUCUGAAUCUGUUAAGGAGUGAAGUUUGGCCAGUUUCUGUCUGCAAAGUCGAAAAUAUAGCAAGUUGAAAGCUGUUGCUGAGUUUGUAUACAAGCGACGCCGCGCUUGCGCAGGCCAAAGAUUUCCGUUUGGACACUUUAAGUACACUUCUUGGGGAAGGGCGCUUUUUGGUAUGAUAUCCGUCCCGGCAACCAGAUAGGAAUAGAACUCCGGAUCAACUAUUAUGAAGCUGCAGCGAGCAACUCGUCGUAUUUAUAGUCUCGACACAAAAGCAAAAUCAUGAGUCUUCUGCACGAAGUUUUGAAACAGAAACGAAGACUUAUCAGAGGAUAGUAAGUAUGUUUUUCUGUCCGGCCGAAGCAGGAGAAGGGUAGGUUCCUGCUGCCUUGAAAAGCAAAACACUCAUUCAGGUAUGUUAUGCCGGAGGUUUUAAGUGUGACCGUUGCAGACGUCGAGGGAAGGCAAAGACAACUCACUGUUGCAGUUACGCAAGUCGCAGACGGAUUUUUUUGAACGGAGCAGGGCCUUCAAAUUGAUACAACAUACCUGGUUAAUAUAUGUGGGUUUACUUUUGGAUGGGGAGCUAAUAAUUAAAAAAAGCGCACACGUCAUUCCAUUUUUUUUGGUAAGUCUUGAAAAUUUAAGCUUGCUGAUGUAAUCAGAGGAGCAAAUGGAAGUGCGGCAAAGUCAUGCCUUGGAAGCUCUUUCUUAAAGCAACUCACGGACUUUUCAUGAAUAGAGUUUGCUUCGACACAACGAGACCGAGGCAUGGGAAGUGCUGUUUUGAAGAAAUCCCAUCUGACCGACUCAUAGCAAUUGAAAAGCAACAAGCCGCAAAGCCCUAUCAGGGUGGAUAUCGCCACAAGGCUUCGGGUAAUUGAGAAACUCAUUAUUUGUAUAUCAGUCUGCUAUAUAAAGUAUCCGUUGGUGCUCUCCUUGAACAAAAAUGCUUGCAGUUUAAAUCAGUAAUAUUGAUUACUUGCUGCCUGUAGCAGGAACCACAACCAAUCCACGCGGCGUGGGCCGCGUGGGAAAAAAUGCUCCUUGAAGGGUUAAUUCGGUACCCGCGCCUGCAUUGGUUUAGGGUUUCGGGCUUCUAAGGUUGAGGGUUUAGGAUCGUCGGGCACGGGAUACUCUUCCUGGCCCCCCUCCCACUCCCUGCGCGCCCUCUGUGGCUUUAUCCUGUGCCCGUGCCUCCGCUCCCUCUCGCGCUUGCCUGGUGUUUCUUCUCGCCGACCCAUGUGCCACCCCACGGCCAUCGCUCAUGUUGAUGCUCUACGUAGCUGGUUGGGCUUUUGAGAUUUUUUGGAAGUUGCUGAGGCCCUUCGGGUCGUUGGGAUCGAAGGGUAAGGAGUUGCGAUUCCUGUAUUCCAUCCCAAUCCUUUUCUCUUGUGACCUCGGGAAGAAGCCGCAUGAGGCAGGAGGCGUCAGAUUUGAAGAAAAAAGCGCGAUCUUUAGAUUGCAGUGGUUCAAAAAAAGGGCAAGAAAAACCAACACCUUUGAAGACGGGCGAGCCAUAUUGGGCUACUUUCAUGCCUCUGCUGGGUACAAGGGGACGCCAAGAGAGGCCAAGCGCUAUACUUUUGAAGCAAAAAGACGUCCUUUUGGUUGUUCUUGCUCUUUUAGGCCUCAGGCAAGAUCCGGAAAAAGUGGGUCGCAAGAUCCGAAAGAAGCCAAGGGCGGCUACAAAGUUGGCCACUGUUGGUCUUCUGCCGGCCGAGCGAGGUCCGGAAGAACGCAAAGAAAAGGGCCCGCUUCUACGAUAGUGCGCACAUUUGCGCUUGGGCUUCCUCAGAGGUGUUAAAAAAUAAGUCGCUUGCGCAUCACGAAAGCGCUCGCUUUUGGCCAGAUCCAGAAGACGGCAGAGGAGUUGCUUUCUCGUUAUAAAGGCGGCCACUCUUCUUGGCUCCCUGCGGAAGGGGUGAUCCCGGAGGAAAUUAAAAAGCCACUUGCUUCUUUACAAAAGUGGUCAUUUGUGCCUUCUACUGGAGGGGCCAGAGCUGGAAGAAACCAAAAGAAAAGCGCGCCUGUCCUUAGAAAAGUGGGCGCCUCUGGAGUCUUCCAGAAGGGCCAGACCUUCCGGAGGCCCGAGAAGCAUCCAGCCGCUUUAGCCAAAAUGCGCCAUCGAAAGUGCCGCGUUUCAUUUUGAGCCUUCAGGAGAUUUUAAAGGCUGGGCCUUGAGGAGGUUCAAAACCUUCUGAAGGGCAAAAGGUCGCGAGCUGCCGAAUUUUCUGAAGGUUUUUUGGACCCAAACGUUUCAGAGGGUUGAGAGAACACCUGCAGAAGGUCCAGACCGCCUGCGGGGGAGAAAAAGAAGCUAUACUCUUCCGAGACUUGACCCAGUUCUGUUUUUGUUUCGGUCAUUUUUUUACGGCGCUCGAAUGUUCACAAGGUUUUUGCCCGUCUUCAUGCGGCACGCCAUUCGAGCCGUGGGCAAAUGUGAGCGCACACUCCCGAUAUAUGAUUCACUAAGCCUGUUUCUCCUUUUGGACCUCUGGCCGUUUUCCACUUAUCUUAAUCAGUACCCCUUGUUUGGUAUACCAAAGCAUCGCAAACGGAGCGCAAUGGCCUUCCCGUUGCCACAUGUGCGCAAUUCGAUGGCGUGCCAUCGUUCAAAAAGCCGGCCAGUGCUCGUUCGGGGCGAAAAAGUGGAUUGGAAAGGAGCCCCAUUUUCUUCAAAGACAGCAAAAACAGGAGGCCUCCAGAAGUGGAAAGGCCAAAAAAGUCAAACUUUGCGGCUCGGCUUGCUUUGUUUCGGAAAAGGAGCAACGGCAGUUUGAACUACGGCUGAUGGCGUGGAGCGUUGCGUGGCUGAAAUGUUGCCACCCGGGAGGCUGUCUGACCGCUUCUGGGCCAGAAUAUGAAAAAGACGCAAACUCUCGAGUAGCACAAGCCACCCAAAAAGACUGCGAAACUCGUGCCCGGACCAUCGGCCGCUUACAAAUUGAAGGCGAUGCCUUUAGCUUAAAAUGCUCACUCCGUUUGGAAAGUGCGACCCGGAAGAGGCCGCACAUUGUCCGGGCCGAAGCAAUAAAAAGAACGCAUUACUUCUCGGAGCGGACGCGUGCCCUUCCUGCCCAGUUUUCGGCCUCGUUGAGGGCCAGGAAUUGCGGCGCUUCCCUUUCUUACAAACGCUUUACUUGGGCGGCCCAAAAGGACUGCCGGGAAACGCGAAAACUACGCAAAUCCGUGGGAUUCGUCGGCUUUUGCCGGUCCGCCUGCUCUGCUCGCGCAUAGACCUUCGCGCUGACUCGGACGCUAUGCGCGCUUUUGUGUAUCAGCAUCAGCCCUUCCGGCGCGACCUGCAUAAACGAACUCGGUAUUGAUAGUCUAUUUCCAUCUCCGUUUACACUUCUUCGCCAUAUUUCCCGUGUCUGAGAAUAUAACGCGCCUGCAUUUCAGGCGUCAUGUACCAUCACGGGAGCACUCAAACCGCCAGGCUCGAGUAUGCGUUCGAAGAGGCCGUCUACUGCCGAGCAAGAAGGAGCAAGUUUAUAGUGCGGCAAUUUUCAACUCAAUGCGGUACAAGGUUCGUCCACGCCCUUACUCAUGUUGCAUGAUCAUUUGUUACAUAGAUAAGAAGACGCAAAGGGUAUGCUUGCUCUUACGUGCCAGUUAGGAGCGCAUCUUCCAUAUGAUAUUGAGGAGAAGGAGUAUACAACCAAGUUUCACCGAGACACGCUAUCAGACGAAGAGUGCGUGGCGUUUACAACACUUUGCCACGAAUACUGCACAACUUUUCUAUAUUUCAGGCAAAAAGUUUUUUUACCCAAUAGAUAGAUAGAUAGCUAGCUAGCUAGCUAGCUCUACCCGGCAGGAAGACAAAACUAGUUCUAAAAAAUUAUUUACCUUAUGCGAUCAACAGGCUCGAGAAUUUGUCUUCUGAAGUCAAAUGACUCAGCACGCCUUCUAUUAAGUCCCCUAAAGUCUGGUCUGCUAAUCCAGGCGGUGGCAAUUAUUUCGUGCCAGACUUCUAAACAAGUUUUCUUGCCUCUUGGCGGUAGUUUGUCUAAUAGAGAGCCCCCAGCUCGAGGCGGCGCCGGCGGCGCCACCUAGAACCCAGUUUGCGUCUUGGGCGGCGCCCCCAGGUUUGCGUGUUGGGCGAUUUUUGAAGCGUAAAAAAUUUUGGGCUUCGCGCGAUUUUCGGAGAUCAGAAAAGUUUUGGGCUUUGCGCGAUUUUUUGAAUUUUCAAAAAAGGGCGAUAGUGCGAGGGUGCUAGAGCGAGGCGGACCGCAAUCGAGCUUCCCUUCACUGCUAAAACGGGUGGCGUUGCGUCACUCGAGAUGCCUGGCUCUCAAUGCAAUGCAAUGCAAUGCAAUGCAAUGCAAUGCAAUGCAAUGCAAUGCAAUGCAAUGCAAUGCAAUGCAAUGCAAUGCAAUGCAAUGCAAUGCAGACAAUCGACCUUCAGGAACUCAAUGACAGGACGAGGGCAGCUCUUCGAGCUCGCCUGACGCGGAGUUUUUGUCUAAGAAGCUCGCGCUGCAUUGAAUUUUCAAAAAAGUUUCGAAGUUUGCGAAUUUAUUCGAAAAAUUUCAGAAAUAUUCAGGAGGUGGGCGAAUGUUGGGAACUCGUGAAUAUUUUGGACAUUGGCGAAGUUCGGAAAAGGCUGUGGAGAUAGGCACCUUCACAAACUCGAGCAUAUUUUUAAUUUAUGAAAGCGGGCAAAGUUCUUGCUCUACUUCUAGUUCGCAAAAAAAUUUUUUAAGUUUGGCAAUUUCAACAGCCCGAAGAUGUUUUGAAAGACAAAAAAAAGUCUGCAGCUGCGUUGCGCGAUUUUCUUUCCCCGGGGCGCUCGUUCAUCUUCCGCAGCGCAGCAAUAGGAGACAUAUGCCAUGCCUAGGCGACUAUAUACUAACUAUAUAUAGUUCAUCGUCACACUUAACUAGCCACGUACGCUUCGCGUUUGCCUGUAGAAAUGUUAAAGAAUAACGCAGCACAGGGCGCCAAGGAAUAGAAGGACGGGGCAGUAGUCGCUCGAAAAACGAGAAAGAACUAGGCGCGGACGGGCUUCCCCUGGCGAAGCAUGUCGGCCCGGCGCGCCGCGACCCGCAGGCCUGAAUGAUCUUGCCUGGCUGCGCCUUUCGGCGUGCCGGUUUGCUUCCGCAGGGGCCGUGGAAGUCCGCGUGGCUUGCUGCAUGUCCUCCGUUUGCCCCUGCCUGCCUCGAUCCGUCCGGGUUGCCGGAGGUGCCUGGCAGGACCCUCUUGGGGCCACUCGGCUUCGCCUGCAUGCUGGGGCCCGCAGAAGACGGCGCCGCCAAGGCCUUCCGCCCUUAUUGAGGCCCGGUAUGUUAGGUGGGUCUAUCUCCUGGCUUUGGCUUUUCAUUCAGGGCGGCCGCGGUUCGGGUCGCGCGCGCAGCGCGAAAAGGUCGGUCUGCUCGUUUCUGCGGAUCGCCAGCGAGAUGGUACGGAGAAGGGGCGCGCGAGCGGAGGAAGUGGGGGGCGCCGCGAUCUCGAGCGCCAAGGGUUGAAGCUAGAAACACUCGCACAGCAGACAUCGGACGCGGAAGCAACUUGCAGCCCCAGGAGGGCACGUGCUGGCUUGUCACCACACAUCAGAAGUCGCUAGCUUUCUGCGCUAUUGUGCCUCCGCCGGCUUCCCGCCGGUGGGGCGCCCGACUUUUUUUUGCGAUUGCGCAGCCAGUAUGUGGUUGUAGGUCUGCGCAUUUCCAUUUGUUUCUAUCUCGAUUGGGAACCGUCUCUCCUGUGCCUGAACAAGUACCGGUCAAUGCGACUAACGGAAAAGGCCGCGCUCUUGCGUCGUGCCAUCGCCAAGAAAGCGACUGGCUUCGGAGCGAAAUAACGCCCCACCUCAACGUGCAAGAGCCAUGGCGCACAGUAUGGUGAUCUAGAGGAGUGUUGCGCGUCGCAAAUGAAUUAUCUUAGGCCUUGGCAAAAAUAUAGAUUUGGAUCUUGAGGGGCUCGCAGGGCAAUUUGUAAAAGUCACGCCAAGUAUAUCGAAGAAAAAAACACCAUCACAAUCACAAAACUCAAAUUUUCAAAAUUUUUGACCAUCAAAAUUAAAAUUUCGCUGGACUUUCGCGGCACUCCCGAACCUGUUGUAUCUGGUUUUGAGUGUUGAGUUUUGCAGCAGAUGAUUUAUGAUAUUGGCUAUUGGCGGUAAGCUAGCUAGUUAAGAAGAGAGAUUUCUGAAGACAAUCGUUCAGCUUCCAGCAGACGAACAGUGGUAGAUGGGGUUGUCGCCCUCUGGCCCCACCUGGGGCCAGAGGGCGACAACCCCAUCUACCAAGCUUCGUCUGCUGGAAGCUGAUCGUUUGUCUUCAGAACUCUCUCUUAACUAGCUUACUCAAACCGCCAUUUUUGACAUAACCAAAUAGCUAACACAAAAAUAAAUACAUUCGCAUUCGAGAAUUGAAAAGUAUUUUCUUACCUGAAAAUCAAAAUAAUUUUUUGUUCAGCUCCUGCAAAAUUUUGAAAAUUUGAAUUUUGUGAUUGUGAUGGUGUUUUUUUCUUCGAUAAAGUAGUUUGUGUCCUCGAUACGCGCAGACCGUCGAUCACAGAACGCGCUCGGUUCAGUCAACACGGGAAACAGGCACCCAAAUGCCAAAGAAAGGUACGACAUACGGCCAGGCUCUGCGGCCGACAAUAUCUUGUAAAGCAUGAGUCCACUUCUACGCUGAUGAAGUGAUAAGCUGCAAGUUCUUCGCGUAGCAAGCAUAUUUUUGAUUAUCUAUGAGUAGUAUCAUGGUGGUAUGUACACGUAGGGAGGUCACGAACGUUGUAAGCUCGCGUCUUUUUUGCCAUCUAGUGCGAAAAACGACCGGCAGUUUUGAAGCGGGCGGAGGUGUUUGCACACGAAAAGCCACGCAGUUUUGAGCUGGCCGGGGCUUUGUUCCGAAACAAGCCCCCCCGAAAUUGCAGCUAUUGCCGUGUAUAAAGACGACGCAGAGCAGGAGCCCAAAACAAAGUGGCGCCUUAGGGCCUGCCGAUUCGAGGGGCAGAAAAAACAGCGGCGUGAAAACAAAAAACCAGCAUGCUGUGGGCCUCAUCUUAGCCCACAGUUGAAGACAAAAAAGCGGCCAGCAAAGUCGGCUACUUGUAGGGCCUGGAGCAGGCCAAAAGCAAACAACAAAAAAAGGACGCGCCGCCAAAAGCUGAAUGCAUGCUGACUGGGUGCUCACGGAGCCGGCCCGGGCGGGCGCCCGGGCGGGGCCAUGGCUACCUUUUUUGUUUCCCAAGAGCCUCCUUUGUUAACCUUGUAACCCUCUGCGCGAUACCCCGCGCACAGGCCCCCAUUUUAACGCGAACCUUUUUAACGCGCAAUGCCCAGCGUACCUUUUUAACGCAAACAGGCCCCCUGCUUAACCCUCUGCGCAAUACCCCGCGCAGGAUAGAUGGUGAUGAUGAUGAUGAUGAUGAUGAUGACCAAGAGUUUACCGCUUUUCGCCCUGUGCCAAGAAUCGAAGGCCAGGGCGCCGCAUGUUCCAGGCCCGAUUUCGGGCACCCAAGGGGUCGACGCUCGCGGAGGCCCAGCCUGGGCCACUGCAGGUGGGCCAGGUUUUUUCUUUUAGUUGGCAUGGGUUUGCCGCCUUUCGCCAGAAACCGAAAGCCAGGCCGCGCACUCUUGGCAAGGUUUCUGGCCCUCAUGGGGCCGCCCUCCUGGUGGCGGCUCAGCCGGGGCCAGGACCAGCCUGCGGGAAAGCGUUCUGCUUCUGAAAGCAGCUGGGGAGGCUAUAAAUCGCCUACUUCACUCGCGAUAUUGAUGGCGUGCCGCAUCAUGCGGAAGAAUGAUUUGCGCGAGGUCAUGGCGGUCACAGAAGGACGCGGUCAAAGGCCGCGCAAAAAAACCGCCCUGGCCGCACUACCCCCCGAGCCGGCUACUACUAAUAAAAUAUAUUGGUAGCCAGUGGCGCCGAAAGAACGUGCGCCGGCGACUCUGUUGGCGUUUAGGUGACAAGCUGGGGGAUUUGUCCUCUCUAUGUGCUGAAGUCACAAGACUUCUACUUACUUAAUAUGUCUGGUGAGUUUUUUGCCACCGAAGCAGCAAAACGAGCGGCAGUUUGUGUGCGGCCGGAAGUCUUUUCUCCACAUAGAAAGGCUGCGGCUUCUUCUAAGCUGGUAGGGCUUAUUUGCCGCCGAAUAAACCUGCCUGAGUGAUAAUGUUAAUUCUAUAUCCGCGACGUGAAAAAAGAAAAAGAACGCAAGGGCGCCGGCAAAAGUGGCGGCCUUGUGAGGCACCCACCGCCUGAGAUAUCGGCGGCUUGCGGCGCUCAAAAAGGGGCGCAAGGAACGCGCCAGCACGAGCGAAACAGGUGGGCCGCCUGGCGCGGGCAGGAUUUCGGCGCAUCUCCAAGGGCCAAAAGGGCCGCCAUUAAGGCGGCCACCUGUGCGGCGGGCAGCAGGCCAAAAGCUGUGCGCUCUAGACGGAAAAACGCCCCAAAUAAUACAGGAGCCGGCAAAACCCGACAGCCGGCCUGCCAUGCUAUUGGCCCGACGCCGGGCGCUCAUAGGUCUGCGGCCGGCGGAGACCCCUGCGUUUGGGGGCGACUUUCUUUUUUGAAGACAAACAGCCAGCGCGCGACUUUUUGGCCCCAAUACUAACUUCCUGCCACGCCACGAAGACCAAUAUAUUUAUAGGCGCGGCGGCGCAGUUCUCGAGACAGAGAGCGCGACUGUUCCGCUCAUUGCGCUGCGCGAAAAAGACAGAAGGACGGGCCGUAGCCAGCCAAACAAAAAAAACCGCACUGACGUCACUACCCCCGCUGAGGCGGCGUAGUGUAUAUUGUAAAUCGGCUUUUUUGGAAAAAACUGGUCGCGCGCGCUACCAUAGCGUGACCGCGUGUCAGUCUCAACAAAACAAAACAGGAGUGGUUUACGUGAGCGACGAGCACGAUAAAGUGAUCUCAGGCACGCGGUAUUUCAGCAGUGCGGACCUUUUUGCGCUCAGACUCGAAAAAAUCCAAGUCAUACAGUGCCAUGCUCGGGGUAUGUUUGCACGGAGACGCGCGCGCAUGCUAAGACAGGUGAGUACUAUGCUAUGUGCUUUUCUGUUCGCGGCUAAGACCGUAGCUAUCCUACGAGACUCGAAGAGCUGCGCCCGCUAGGCCUGGCAACACAAACUUGCGCUAGAAGGAGCAGAGUUCACAGAGUUCCAGGGCGGGACUCGUUUUUAUGGCGGGGGAGAGCACCUCCGACGCCGACCCCUCCUUUUGGUUUUGCUCCACUUCUUACAUGCGUCAGCGUGUGAGAACGCAUAGCACUGUCAUUCUGGGGGGGGGAACCCCCCCCGUUCCAGCGCGCAUUGCUGUGACCGUGUGAGAAGCUCCCCUUUUUUCAUCCUGGGGGAGGAGACCCCCCCACCCCACCCCACCCCCGCCUCCCUCUUGUAUCGCGCACUGUGAUCAACGUGUGAAAACCGGCAGCACUUUCUUCCUGGUGGGGGAAGACCCCAUCCCACCCCCCCUCCCACUUUUCCAGCGCGUGCUGCUAUGACGGUGCGGCAACCUGCACUAUGUUCACUCGGGGGGGGGCGAAAUCCGCCCCGACAUCCCCGUGACCUCCAUGGGGGUGAAGCCCCUCGGCCUUUCCGCCCGUAGCGAGCGGCAGCAGGCCAGGAGUGCAGCCCCGCCCGAUAGCGCUAGGGAAGCGGCGCCAGCGCAUGCUGGGCAAGCGGCAGCCGCGAGGGAAGCGAAAGCCGGCUAGCGCAGGGAAGCGGUAGCCGGCUUGCGCAGGGAAGCCGUAGCUGGCACUCUGAGUACGGUGUCGUUCCGUUGAGCAAGCCUCUGCCAAAGUGCCUUCUGCCUUAGUUCAGGCUGCUUCUUGUUGCCCUGUCCGGUUGCUAUGAUGGGUAGGGUCCCUCUCCCUGCGUGGCUAGGUGCUGCUACACGACGGACCCCGCAGAGGCAGGUGCUAUCCCACGGAGGCUGACUCGUUACCCGACUCGCCAUGUCAAGCCCGGCCCGGGGGCAGGCCGGCUCGUGCCCGAACGUACGCCCAUACAUAGUAAUGGAUCCGAUGCCGUUCUUUCACCUGGGCCCGGCCUGAAAAGAGUGGCUCCGGAAUACCUCGCGGGGCGCCAGGAGCUAUGCGUUGGAUCUCCGCUGGCUGCAUUGCCAGGAGUGUAGGAUACCUGCCGGCCGAUGCGACGGCGCUGGACCACGUUCCACAGCCCCAUGCUGCACCCUCGGCGUGCUCUCGUCGGUCCGACGCCUGAUGCAGCUGCCCGUCAGGGCAAGCGUACGCAGGAGUGGGCUGGGCUAGGUGCGGCACAUUCGUCGCACCUCCUUGCCAGGCCGCGCACCCUACCGGCGAGAUGGGGAACACCAUCCACCCCAAGGACACGUGGCAGAGCUUGAGGAUUUAUUUUUGCGGUGCUCUAAAACAUUUCCAUCGUGAUGAAGCGAUGACAAACAAACGCCAGUACUACUACUUCCCCAAACCACAGCGUAGAGACGAGAGCGCGCAGCUCGCAGUCGCGAAAGAGCAGAGGAAGCAGCUGGAGGCCGAGUUGCGACACAAGCGCGAGUAUCCGCUGCAAGCGCGAGCACCCGCCUGGAUCAAGAAAAAUGCAAAUUCUUGCGCUUGCUGCUGCUGUUUGUGUGCAAUGAGAAUGACGAGAACAGUGGCGCUUCAAUUCAUCACAUGGAUUGGCGUUUAUGGGAAAAUUAUUAUGAGUGUGCUGCAGGGAACGUCAAGCUGAAAGCAGCGGACAUUGCCCAAUUAUGGCGGUUCGCUGUUUUUUUGCUGUAUCUUUUAUGACGAGCUCGUAUCAAGAAAAGAGUCAAAGAGUUGGUAGAAAUGAAUGGUUGAGUAUGAGCGUCAGACGGAAGGUAGCUAAGACGUGAUGAGUAGCGGAAUUGCCUUAUGUACUCAAGCACACGCAUUGUAAGCACUCUUGCAUUUUCUUCGACUCAGAUAUGUUUGCAAAUGAAAACGAGAUUCAGCGGCGCAUGCAUCCCAGGACGUACGAAGACUUCGCAGUUCUGCACAAAGAAUUGGAGAUGUGGCGAGUAAAAGAAACCCGAAGAAUAAAAGAAGGUAGAACUGUGGUAGUUGUUUUCUUUGCCUUCCUGAGGUUGCCCUCAUGAAACAAUUCUCAUCUUUGCAAAUAGCGCUCGUCUAUUUUGCGCGACAGACUUUUUGUUUUUACACCGCAUGCAUUAUACCCAAAAUAGAUCUGGACACCAGUAAGGAGCAGAAGCACCAAGCCUUGGAGCAGCUGCUGCACAAAGAGACGAGGUUGCUGCAGACCCUGGACAAGUUGAAGACUCAGGCGCACAAGCAAAACAAGGGCGCCAAGGUCCGAAAACAGCUCGAACAAAUGUCACAGCGUAUCCUGGGUAAAAACCUCAAAACCUCGCCGCGUGGCACGUACGCAGCAGAGAAGUCCACUUUAUUUACUACAUCGCGCAGAGUUCGGGUGUGAACUUACUGCCUGACCGUCUUCGGAGGUGGUUUCUAGAUCCAGUCUGUGUGCCGGUUUUUACGUCGGCGCGACUUAGGGUGCAUGGGGUAAAAAUACGAAUGGCCACGCCGGCGUGUCCGGCUACCGCUUACCUGACGUGCACAAUGCGCGAAGUUGAAUAAAGUCAAAAGUCUGUUUUUGUGUAGUCUACUCCAUGCAUCGGGCGAUAUUGUCUGGGGUGGUUUUUGGACAGGAUACCUCCAAAGGUGUGGCGGCAAAGUGAUAACGAGAUUGUACGCAAGACAUUUGAGUGGCUGUCUCUCCGUUGUCCCGGUAACCUCACAUGGAAGACAUAUCACAGACGCAGUGCUGUGUGGGAUUGGUUGCAGAUCGAUUUGCAAUGCGAAAAGCUCAAUUGAACAGAAAAAGCAUACAACAUCGUGAUUGGGUUCAGAAGCAGCUGCAGGAGACGCAGGCUGUUUUGACCAGUUGCGGCCGUGUGCGCAGCAUGACGAGCUUGCGUUUUUAUGCAAAAUGAAAGACUCAAUGAGGCACUCCCACUUGAGCUUCCAAUGGAUUUCUUGUGAGUCGGAUCGUGGCAAUGGAGAAUCAGCUAUCUGGCGCGUAUAAGCGACAACGGUCCACACACCCUACACCACUAGGGCAAAAGAACUGCUCGACCUCUUAUGAUCUGCAAGAGUGAUGUAAUCGCUUCCGACACUGGCCUCGCUCAUUUCCUCCAGCCGUUUUUCUAUGAGUGCGCAUGUCUUGUUGCAACCAGUUGUUAUUUGGCAGCAUAUAUAUGCUUAGCAUAACCACGGCUGCGCGACUAUGCCACUGUUGCAACGCAUACCUCUACAACGGCCUCAAUUUGCCCCUCCUGUCUAUUGACGAAAGGCUCGACGUGCUGCUACACGUAUAGCUUUGUUCUUUUUGGUCUUCGUUUUUUGACUCUCGGAGAUCGGACCUUCUGGCUAUCUCUUUUAUUCGUCGCCACCUCUACCUCUAGGCAAAAACAAAAAGUCGUCUUGCCAAACACAUCAUGCACAGAAGUGGAUCGUGAUGUAUCGGCCGUCGUGCCUCUGCCGACCGGCUCUCGUACGAGGGAUCUGGUAUUAAGAAUAAAGAGAAGAACUGGAAUAAAAAAAAGAGAGAGAAAACUCGUUUAUGCGAUACUGGCCGCCACGCAAUUUCUUUUUCUACGCAUUCGCCGUGGCGCACUAAAUUUACAUGGGUCGCCGGGAAAGGUCGGCGGGCCAAACACACAACGCACGGAAGUGAGACUAUGUGUCAGCCGUUGCGCUUCUUUUACCGAGCGAUCCUCGUACGAGGGGGAUUGGGCGUGAUGCUAGCAAUUUACAUCGGUUGCCCUCGCCGCGCCACCUCUAGGCAAAAGGUUGCCGCGCCAAACAUACAACGCACGGAAGUGAGUCGUUUUCGUCAUGUAUCAGCCAUCUCGCCUUGUCUACCGUCCGAUCCUCGUGCGUGGGGGAUCGCGCGCUGCCCUUCGUGUCUAGUACUGGCUAUCACGCAGUCUCUAUGUAGUCGCUGUUCCGCACGAAGUUUGCGCUGGUCGUCGUGCCACCUUUAGGUAUAUUGAGGUUCUUGUCGUUCCAAACCCACAACGCACGGAUGUGAGUCAUCAUUUUUAUGUGUCUACUUUUCGGCCGUCGCGACUCUACCGACCGAUCCUGGUACGAGGGGAAUCGGGCGUGUCCCUUUGGAUACAAAUAAGUACGCACCGCACGACGGCAGUGAGUGGUCACUAUGUAUCAGCCGCCGCCGCGCCUCUACCGACCGACCCUCGCACGAGGGGAAUCAGGCGUGGCUCUUUGGAUGCAAAUGUAAGAAAUCAUAUCCAGAAUGAGUCCGAGUUUAUUCCUGAUUCUUAGAUCAAUUUGCAAUGACGUCUGCAGGUGAAGUGGACGGUAAAGGAGUUCGACUGCAAUCUGACCAGAGACAUAGUCGACUUGAUUGAUCGAGAAGCCGACAUGUUGAACCGAGGCCGCAGCGAGUCGAGCUUCGCUGGCCUACGAAAACGGCUGGCAAACUUGUUCCUCCAAUUUGUCGAAACGCCGGACUUCAACCCCGAGGCGAGUCGAUUCCAGCAGGUUCCGCGGGACAUGAUUCGUCAGACCGCAGUGCAGCCGCUGUCUACCGUUCCGCUCAACACUGCAGUUGGCCGAAAAUGA